UAGCCGGCCCUGUUUAUAUUUAAUUGUAGUGUUGUUUCAGAAGUAGUAUUCAUUUACUUUAGAAAUUGUGUUUUUAUUUGAUAAAUGAUGGUUCAUAAGAAGUUUUCCAAUCCGACAGAUGAAGAUGGUAUAGCGGAGGCUUUUUCGAAAACUCCGCAUUCCUUGCCUUGUAGAAAACGCCGUCAAGUUUCUGACGAGGAAAACGCUGCAGGAUUUAAAUUCAACUUCCCGGAUCCUGAAAUCGAUAAUUCUUCAAAAUCUCCAUCAGCUGUUGAGAGUAACGGCAAUACCUCACUUCCAGCUCAUUCCUCGGAAGCAAAGGAUGGCAAAUCAAAACAUGGUAAACGGAAGACCUCGUUAAAGAAUAAAAAUGAAGAAUCUAAAACCUGGAAAGAUCAGUCAGCAAUUUUGCUAAAAACUGUAUACAUGAUGGGCAUCGCAUGUUUUCGGAUUGCGUUUUAUAUUCUUUGUCGCGCAUUUUAUUAUUUAAAGAAUAAAGUUGGACAGAAAAAGAAGUUGACUUCGGAAUAAUCUCCUUCGGUUGCAGAAUGAUUCAUUCAAGUAUCACAGCAAAGUAAUUGGACUUCCCAGUACUUGUUAAAACCUUGCUCUGUUUUAAAACUUUUUACAUUCAAGUUCUAUUUUUAAGAUGUGAACUGAGGACAAAGUUUUAAUAGUGUUGUUCUUUAACCGAAAUUGAACUUCGUUUUUAGAAAUAAAUCGUUUUUCACUAAAA